CGGCGGCGGCGGCGGCGGCGGCAGUAUCGGCGGCGGCGGCGGCGGCAGCAGCACAGCCACCCGCACACUCGCCUGCCUGCCGCAGCUCGGCCGCGUCCCGGAGCCGUCGGGCAUGGAGCCGUGGAAGCAGUGCGCGCAGUGGCUCAUCCACUGCAAGGUGCUGCCCACCAACCACCGGGUGACCUGGGACUCGGCGCAGGUGUUUGACCUGGCGCAGACCCUCCGCGAUGGAGUCCUGCUCUGCCAGCUGCUCAACAACCUCCGGGCGCGCUCCAUCAACCUGAAGGAGAUCAACCUGAGGCCGCAGAUGUCCCAGUUUCUCUGUUUGAAGAACAUAAGGACAUUCCUCACGGCCUGUUGUGAGACAUUUGGAAUGAGAAAGAGUGAACUCUUCGAGGCGUUUGACCUGUUUGAUGUUCGUGACUUUGGAAAGGUUAUAGAAACAUUAUCACGGCUUUCUCGCACACCUAUAGCGUUGGCCACAGGAAUCAGGCCCUUUCCGACAGAAGAAAGCGUUGAUGAUGAAGACAUCUACAAAGGCCUUCCUGACUUAAUAGAUGAGACCCACGUGGAAGAUGAAGAAGAUCUGUAUGACUGUGUUUAUGGGGAAGACGAAGGUGGAGAAGUCUACGAGGACUUAAUGAAAGCGGAGGAGGCACAUCAACCCAAAUGUCCAGAAAAUGAUAUACGAAGUUGCUGCCUAGCAGAAAUUAAACAAACGGAAGAAAAAUAUACAGAAACAUUGGAGUCAAUAGAAAAAUAUUUCAUGGCACCACUAAAAAGAUUUCUGACAGCAGCAGAAUUUGAUUCAGUAUUCAUCAACAUUCCUGAACUUGUAAAAGUUCAUCGGAACCUAAUGCAAGAGAUUCAUGAUUCCAUUGUAAAUAAAAGUGACCAGAACUUGUAUCAAAUUUUCAUUAACUACAAGGAAAGGUUGGUUAUUUAUGGGCAGUACUGCAGUGGAGUGGAGUCAGCCAUCUCUAGUUUAGACUACAUUUCCAAGACAAAAGAAGAUGUCAAACUGAAGUUAGAGGAAUGUUCCAAACGAGCCAAUAACGGGAAAUUUACUCUUCGCGAUUUGCUUGUCGUCCCCAUGCAGCGUGUUUUAAAGUAUCACCUUCUCCUCCAGGAACUGGUCAAACACACCACCGAUUCUAUAGAGAAGGCAAAUCUGAAACUGGCUCUCGAUGCCAUGAAGGACUUGGCACAAUAUGUGAAUGAAGUGAAGAGAGAUAAUGAGACCCUUCGUGAAAUUAAACAGUUUCAGCUAUCGAUAGAAAAUUUGAACCAACCAGUUUUGCUUUAUGGACGACCUCAGGGAGAUGGUGAAAUUCGAAUAACUACUUUAGACAAGCAUACAAAACAAGAAAGGCAUAUCUUCUUAUUUGAUUUGGCCGUGAUCGUAUGUAAAAGGAAAGGUGAUAACUAUGAAAUGAAGGAAAUAAUAGAUCUUCAGCAGUACAAAAUAGCCAACAACCCUACAACUGAUAAAGAAAAUAAAAAGUGGUCUUAUGGCUUCUACCUCAUCCAUACCCAAGGACAAAAUGGGUUAGAAUUUUAUUGCAAAACGAAAGAUUUAAAGAAAAAAUGGCUGGAACAGUUUGAAAUGGCUUUAUCUAACAUAAGGCCUGACUACGCAGACUCCAAUUUUCAUGAGUUCAAGAUGCACACCUUCAACCGGGUUACGUCCUGCAACGUCUGCCAGAUGCUCCUGAGAGGAACGUUUUAUCAAGGCUAUUUAUGUUUCAAGUGUGGCGCGAGAGCACACAAAGAAUGUUUGGGAAGAGUAGACAAUUGUGGCAGAGCUAAUUCUGCUGAACAAGGGACGCUCAAACCACCGGAGAAACGGACCAAUGGACUCCGAAGAACCUCCAGACAGGCCGAUCCAGGCUUACCAAAGAUGCAGGUCAUUAGGAACUACACCGGGACGCCACCCCCCGCUCUUCAUGAAGGACCCCCAUUACACAUCCAGGCAGGGGACACAGUCGAACUUCUGAGAGGAGAUGCACACAGUCUGUUUUGGCAGAAUGCCCCUAGAUUGAACAUUAUCUUCAAUUACUUCAGUUGCUAUAACCAAAGACUUUUCCAAAGCUCCACCAUUCUUCAGUAUCCUAUUUCUCUCCUACCUCAUCCUUCCUCAAAAAGCAAAAGAAUGACAGAUGUAAAUUGUACUGACUCUGCAGUCUGCUCUUGUAUCUCCAACCCGUACCUGCAUUUGUACCCCUAA